AUGACUAGAGUGAGGCAUUACUAUGAGGUUACUAUACCCUCGUAUACACUUGAUGAAUUUAAAACCCAUUUUCGUUUGUCCAGAGACACAUUUGAGAGUACGUGCCAGAGAUUAUCAACAGUUAACGCUUACAACAAUCAAAAGGGCCCUGCCCCUAACCUUGAAAAAGAACUGUUGAUGUUUUUGUGGUACUUAGGAAACCUUGAGAGUUUUCGAUCUAUGGCUGAUCGGUUCGGUACAUCUAAAGGAAGUUUUCACGCUAGUGUUACUAGAGUGUCCUCCUCCUUGAUAAGUGUUAUGGCAGAAGUAAUUAGAUGGUCUUUAUCACAAGCAGAACUAAAUGAAACAUGUCAAAAAUUUGGAGAAAACUGUCAAUUUCAAAAUGUUGUGGGUGCUUUGGAUGGCAGUCACAUUCCGAUAAAGGCCCCCAAACACCAGCCACAGGCCUACUACAAUAGAAAGAAAUUUUACUCUGUGGUGCUUCUGGCAUGCUGCAAUUCCAAAAUGGAAUUUACCUAUGUUUGGACAGGAAAUCCUGGAAGCACGCAUGAUGCAACAGUAAUGCGAAUGUCAGAUCUUUUUCAAAAGAGUGAUGAAAAGAUUCCUGUUGGCUAUGUCAUAUUGGGGGAUUCAGCCUUUCCAUGA